CUUAUUUUAAACAUUUUUGAUAAUGAUAAUCUGUUUUUAACACUCGCAUUUUGGUAUAAAUAUCGUGUAUGUUUAAAAAAUGGCCUUUAAAGUUUCCUGACCUAGUGGGUUUCUGACACACAUAAACAAAUAAAAUGUACUUUUCAAAAAUCAUUGAAAAUUGUACCUUUCAUCCAUUUGUUAUUUUCUGUACUUUUUAAUACAUAAAAAAUACAUCUUCACCACGUACAUACAUCAUCUCCCCCCAACACAAAGCUUUCUUCCAGAGUAUCUGAAUCAACACAUCUUAAUCCCAACAGUUUUAGGGUUCUUGUGAUUACUGAUGGGUUCUUACUCUGCUGGAUUCCCUGGAUCGUUUGACAACUUCCAUUACAAUUACAAGAUUGACUUUUCCAAUUUUGGAAAUGGGUUAUAUCUGGAUGAUCAACCUUUCUUGAGAAGUCCGUCUCCUUUUCCUCCUCUUCCUCUCCCUCCUCUUCAUCCUCCUCCUCAUCCAGAGCCAUAUUCUCAACAGAAUCUUCCUCCUGCUGCUGCUGCUGCUGAAGAUGCUGAUGCUGAUGAUGAUUGCACUGAUUCUGUUCUGCAAUACAUAAGCCAAGUGCUUAUGGAAGAAGACAUGGAUGACAAGCCUUGUAUGUUCCAUGAUGCCUUGUCUCUCCAAGCAGCUGAGAGAUCUCUUUAUGAAGCUCUAGGCGAAAAGUACCCCGAUUCUACUCGCCCUGUUCAGUUAUCUCAUAGUCCUGAUGAGCUGAGUGAUAUAACUUCUUCAGGCUAUACCUCAAGAACCACCACCACCACCACCACUUCCUCUGAUUGGAGUUUUGAUAGUUUGGAGAACAGUAGGCCUUCUUGGAUGCAAACACCGAUCCCGAAAAACUUCGUCUUCCAGUCUACUCCCUCUACUAGAUCCAGUCCCAAUAGUGGCCGUAACACGGGUAUCAGGUCAAGUUCUAGUAACGAUUUGGUUUCUAACAUGUUCAAAGAUAGCAGCUGGGCGUUACAAUUCAAGAAAGGUGUGGAGGAAGCAAGCAAGUUCCUCCCAAAGAGUACUCAGCUGGUUAUAGAUGUGGAGAAUGAUCAUCACUAUGUUCCUUACAGGAUAACCGGAGAGAAAUACCAUUGGCGUGAAGAUGAGCAUUUGCCUGAAGAAAGAAGCAAGAAGCAAGCAGCUGUCUACGCCGAUGACCCCGAACUAUCUGAAAUGUUCGAUAAGAUCCUCUUGUUCGGAGAUCCUAAGGAGAACCCUAAAUGCAUUCUCAACGAAACCUCCCAAAAGGAACCUCCCAAAGCUUCACCAAGUCCCAAAGGUGAGACAACAACAUACCCUAGGGGACAGAAACCAACUGCUUAUGUGCAAGAGAUACCUGACUUGAGGUCCCUUUUACUCUCAUGCGCUCAAGCUGUCUCGGUUAACGAUCAUAGAAGAGCUGAAGGAUUGUUACGACUCGUCAGGCAACAUUCUUCGUCUUACGGAGAUGGAACAGAGAGGUUAGCUCAUUACUUCGCGAACAGCCUCGAAGCGCGUUUAGCCGGGACGGGUACGCAGGUCUACACAGCCUUGUCUUCCAAGAAAACAUCCGCUGCCGACAUGUUGAAAGCUUACCAGACCUACGUAUCGGUCUGUCCGUUCAAAAAGAUCGGUAUAGUUUUCGCUAACCAUACCAUUCAGCAGCUGGUUAAGAAGACUAUGCCUGACACCAUCCACAUUAUAGACUUUGGGAUAUCUUACGGUUUCCAGUGGCAUUCUCUCGUUCAUCGACUUGCAUGGAGACGUGGCUCCUCGUGUAAGCUUAGGAUAACGGGUAUUGACUUGCCUCAACGUGGGUUUAGGCCGGCUAACGGAGUUAUCGAGACAGGACAUCGCUUGGCUAAGUACUGUAAGAAGUUCAACGUGCCAUUUGAGUAUAACGCUAUUGCUCAAAAAUGGGAAACGAUAAAGCUUGAGGACUUGAAGUUGAAAGAAGGCGAGUUUGUGGCGGUGAACUCUCUCUUUAGGUUUAGGAACCUUCUAGAUGAGACGGUGGCGGUGGACAGCCCUAGAGAUGUGGUUUUGAGACUCAUACAGAAGAUAAAACCGAACAUCUUCAUCCCUUCUAUCUUGAGCGGUUCUUAUAAUGCGCCUUUCUUUGUGACGAGGUUUAGAGAAGUUCUGUAUCAUUUCUCCUCUCUGUUCGACAUGUGCGACACGACUCUGACGAGGGAGGAUCCGAUGAGGGUUGUGUUUGAGAAGGAGUUCUACGGGAGGGAGAUCAUGAACGUGGUGGCUUGCGAGGGGACGGCGAGAGUGGAGAGGCCUGAGAGUUAUAAGCAGUGGCAGGGGAGGAUGAUGAGAGCUGGGUUUAGGCAGCUUCCGGUUGAGAAGGAGCUGGUUCAGAAACUGAGGUUGAUGGUUGAUAAAGAGUACAAAAGCAAAGAGUUUGAUGUUGAUCAAGAUGGUAACUGGUUCCUUCAAGGCUGGAAAGGCAGGCUUGUUUAUGCUUCUUCUUUUUGGGUUUCUGUGUAGUGUUGUCUUUUACAUUCCAAGAAACUGAUUAUCUCUAAGGUUUGUUGUCUCUUUGUUAACACAAUGACCUUCACAUUUGUAUAUUUGUACAGGUUUAGUAUUCUUUCCUACUAAACCUUUACAAAUAACACAAGACUAUUUCAAUAAAUAAAAAAAAUACAAAAGAGAUCAUAUUUCAUGAGAGAAAAAUAGAAUAAGCCCAAAAGUUAAUUAAUAAAUUAAACAAUGGCACAAAACUCUCAAAUUUUAGCAUAGUUUAUAACAAUGGGCUAAAAUUAGUUGUUGUGUAA